AUGAAGCCGCGGUUCUUGACCUAUAUGGUCAAAUACAAUAAGGCCGUUGCACGAAAAGAUCUGGAAGUUUUGUCGAGAUUCGUGUCCUGGUACGCUUCGCUGCCAGACUACCCUAAUAGCACAGAGGCUUUCGAGGGUAUUGCUCGACAGUGUAUGGAGAUGAUCGUAUAUGCCCAAAACGAAAUCUUGCAGGUCCGCAUGAGACAGUUGAGUCUUCUAAAGGAGCAGCAUGGGUUGUUCAUGUCUUCGAUCCAUAACCAAGGCCUUGAAGGUCUCUCUCUCGCCGUAGGACAGAGCUCAACAUACGAAUAUGACUACUCGCAGGUUGGAUGGGGAUAUGCCACGAGAUAUGGGGCUGAAGCUGCGACGCAGUUUCAGCCAGCGUUAGCUAUGAAUCCUGUUCGACCAGGAGAUACUGUGGAGAUGACCCGCCUUGACGCGAUGUGGACAAAGGUGGAGUGA